CCGCCGUGCCAGCCGCGCGACUUCGUCGAAACCACCACAGAGUCAGUGCACCAAUGGCUAACGGAUAGACGUCGUUGUUUGUUGCCGAUCGUUCUGAAAAAUAAUUCGAACAAUAAUAAUUAUUAUCGCCGGUACGUCGUUUUUGUGAUUAUUGCUCAUUAAAAAUACACUUUGUUAUUGUGACAAUAUUUUUAACACUCGGUGCGCGUUUUGUGGAUUUCAAACGAUAUUGGUAUUGUUAUAAUUUUUUCUCGGUCUCGUCAAUUUGCUUAAGACAAAACGUCAUGUAAUCGAAUACGGAUUCCACGAUAAUAGUGAUAUCUUGCGGGUCUAGUGCCGUUCGGACAACCUUACUGUAUCUAUAUAGGUAUCGAAGAUACGACGUCCUAUAAAGGAAUAAUUCACUGACGUGAUAUUUUGGUCUGUAGAUCUAAUGCUUGUGCCACAAUGAAGCACGAAAGUCAGCACCCUGAGCUCAUUUCAAAUGGAAAAGGAAAGCCUUUCAAAAAAAGCAUCAGUUUAGGUGCCUUGGGUCUGGGAAAGCUGUGGCGAAGACGAUCUGUGACCAUAACCGAGUACGAUCCAUGUUACAAGGUCGUCUAUCUGGGCAACGUCCUCACUGGCAUAGCCAAAGGUGAAAUGUGCGUGGAGAAACCGCUGUGCAGCCUGUGGAAGAACUACACGUGUAACCAGAAACCGGACGUGCACAUGAAGCUGACCAUCACGCAGUCGGGACUGAAGGCGUUUACCAAGGAGCACGGGCUCACCGAGUACUGGAGUCACCGGGUCACCUAUUGCCUGGCGUCGCCACAGUUCCCUCGUAUUUUCUGCUGGGUGUACCGGCACGAGGGCCGCAAGCUCAAGCAGGAGCUCCGGUGCCACGCGGUCGUGUGUACCAAGGAGUCAGUGGCCAGGCAGAUCGCUGGCCAGCUGCGCGGCCGCCUGGCGCAGGCGCUCAGCGAGUUCAAGCGGGACAAGAUCAGCCGGCAGAACGCCCGGCUGUCAUUGGCCAACAGCGUGUACGAGAAUCCGUCGCUGCCCCGACGCAAGAUCUUGUUGUCAACUGGGUCGCAUAACUAUAGGCCACCGCUGGAGCGGUCGAAGUCCGCGCCGCGGCUCGUGUCCAUCGAAGAGAGCCUGGAAGAGGACGAAGAACCGGCUGAUUCUUGCGCGGCGUUCAGGAGGUGCCGAGCCGAGAACCGGUUGCGAACCGGCACGCUUCGAAACCGGUUGGGUGGACUCCACGGUUACAGGGAGACGGCUGCCGCCACUGCCGCCGCCAUAACCGCUGCUACCGCCGCCGCCGCCGCCGCCGCUGCUGCCACCACUGCUACCAAUGCAUCCGGCGACGUCACUACCGACACCACUGAAAUGGUGAACGAGAUCGAAAACCGACUAGCCAAAAGCCUGCAGCUCAGGGACGACGGUUCAACCGACGACAGCGCUCAAUCGUACCAAAACGUAGAUUGCGAUUCAGUUGAAUCGCUGCCGUCUUACCGAGACGUCAUAGCCGAAGAUCAAGAGUCGACUUCGUCCUCUUCGUCAACGAUUUGCGUGGAGCAACAGCAGCAUGAACUGCUUCCCAAAUACAACGAGGUGAUCGUCGACUGCCCACAAGGUCCAGAAGAUGUGUGCUACAAAUACAACAGCCUGGUCCGGGACAGGAAGAGACUAUUCGAGAGCAUAGGUGGUAGUGUGGGUGGACGUCGCGAUCAGUUCAAACGAAUAAGCUCAGACUCAGAGUUACUUGGUGCCUAUAACAACCUGGUGAAAAACAGGAAGCUCCUGUUCGAAGGCUGCCGGGAUGACGAUGAUUUGGACGUGGACGAGGAAGACUUGGACGAGGACAAAGACUGUGGAUAUCCGGACGAUGAAUCUACGCCCAGCUUACAGAGCAUAUCCAGUGGUGGAUCAGACGCGUGCAAGAAGAUCGCCAUGGACCUUGACUCUCUAUCGGAGGAGGAGGACAGCGAUGAGAGUGGUUUUGUGGAGGCACCGCCGUCUCGUUGUCCUGCCGACGCGGCUGCCCAUGUCGACAAGGAAAAGGAGCUGCACAAACGCAACAAUCACGCUGUGGCCUCCAGGAAUGCUUCUGCCCGCCGGGUCGGCGCGUAAUAACCGUCCGCUCGAUAUCAUGUGAAAAAGACUUUUUUUUAGAAUUAUUAUUGAUUUUAUCAUUUUGAACGCGUAGGUGGUGUAACGCCACCGUGUGUCUGGUGUACACCGAGACGACACGAUAGAUGAUGACAUGAUAUAUGUUGUUAUUAUAUUUUUAUAGUAUAUACCAACUAUUAUUGUUAUUAUUAUUAUUGUUGUUAUUCCAACUGCGUGUGACCCCAGCGUGGGCGUGUGUUAACCGAACAAGAAACAAGGACGUUGAGUACGGACGAGCGCAAAGCGGCGAGUAACAAAAAAAUAUAUUGAAAAUACCAACCACGAGAACAAGCUCCUCCGCGGUCGUCGUCAUAGCAGUUGUUUUCGCGUGGAAGAAAUAAUCGCUACAAUACUGUAGAUAACUCAUCGGGAGUAGCAUUGGUUAGCCUGCGGACAAAAACUAGUUUUUUUCCAUCAUUAUAAUUACUAUUAUUCUUUACGUUGUAAAAAAAAAACCAACCAGUUUCUACGUAUUAAUUUCAUCUUUUUUGUACAAAAUUAAUCGAUCGCCACUGCUUUUCGUCGACGCUUUACAAAUCGCGCUCGCACGUCACGCUAUUAUUAUUAUAUAACAAUAUUAUAAUAAUAACAACAACAACAAUAAUAGUAUCAUAGAUAAUUAAUACUUUAUGUGUACGUUAUACGUACGUUCAUGUUU